AAUAAAUUUAUUUGUCUUUCCAGAGGAUGUCUAAGACUGUUAAUCAACGAGAAUAGACAGAGUUUAUGCAACACAAUAAAGAAAACAGUCUACGCACUAUACUGACGAGAAAAAGUCUAAAAAUAGCUUCCCCCCCAAAAAAAAGAAACUCACCGUAAAGGCAAAGAAGAAAUUUCUUCUUGGAAUCAGCAGUUUAAGUUAAUAUUAAAAGUUAAGAUAACCUCAACGUUGUUCAUGAAAUUAGUAGUGUAGGUACAACUUAAAUAGUUUUUCGAUGAUAUCCCUCUCACUCUUGGGCUCCUACGAACGAGCACGACAAAACACGAAAGGAUGUAUACCAGAAAUAAACGAAAGCCAAAAUCCGCUCAGGCAUUCUGUGCUAUAGACACCAACAAACUAUGCUUGUAGAUUAUGUCAGACAGGCAAAGUUUAUCUCUGUUAACUUCAGUAUGGAAGCGAAUUCGUCUGUCGUUGGGGAAGGGACCACCACUCUGCACCUGGAGUCCUUCACCCUUAACAGAAAACCUAACAGUGUCGAGGAAAUCCUUAAGCGAUGCGACGAAGAGAUUCUGAGUCUUCUGUACCGACCCAAUGAGACCGAGCUGUGGCUGAACGAGAGACUCCUGCUGCCGGAGUACACCCACUGCGAGUACUGCAACAUCUCCCAGGAGGAGCUGGACGUCCUCUUCUAUUCCGGUGUAUGUGUCCCCUCCGACUACGCCUACAUGCCGCUCAUAUACCUCGUGUACGCCUCUAUCUUCCUGUUAGCUCUCCUGGGCAACUCUCUCGUCCUCUACACCGUCGCUUCCAACCGCAAGAUGCACACCGUAACCAACCUCUUUAUCGCCAACCUGGCGGUCGGGGAUCUCCUCAGCAUGGUGUUCUGUGUCCCCUUCUCCGUAGCCUCCAUCAUCGUGCUCCAGUACUGGCCCUUCGGUGAGGGACUCUGCAUCAUUGUCAACUACUCUCAGGCCAUCUCAAUCUUCGUCUCGGCCUACACGCUGGUGGCCAUCAGCCUGGACCGCUACCUGGCCAUCAUCUACCCCCUGCGGCCUCGUAUGACCCGCCUGCAGGCCAAGGUCAUCAUUGCUCUGGUGUGGGGGCUCGCGCUCUUCACCACCCUCCCUAUUGCUGUCUUCUCCGGCCUCGACCCCACUGACAUGCGGAUCUACCAGUCGUCAGGACGGGAGGUGUGCCGGGAACAGUGGCCGGAUGAGGCACUUCGGAAAUACUACACUAUGGCGCUUAUGGUCCUCCACUACUUUCUUCCUCUCGUUGUCCUCAUCUUCACUUACUCCAGGAUCGCGUGGAAAGUUUGGGGAUGCAAGCCAGUUACUUCCCGGUGCUCGCUGAACGCCACCUCACAGGUCAGCUCCACAACAGUUCUUUACCUCCAAUUUGAACCAGCUUCAAGCUCUAAUUAUUAA